AUGUCUAAUAACACAACUCCAACUUCAUUAUCGUUUGAAGAAGAACAUUUAAGCGAUCGAGUAGUCGAGAUUAGCAGUCCCCGAGAGAAGUCACCACUUACAGAUGUCAAUUCACCAAUUUUAAGAAGCGUGAGAAGUAGUAGUAGUGAAAGCUUAAACAGAAAACAUAAACUUGAUGAGGAAGAGGAAGUCUCGUUGGAAGGUAACACCAGGAUGGGUGGGGAGAAGGAGACAUUCUAUAAAGGAUCUAAUGCAAAGCGGACGAGAUUGGACCCGGUUUUAAGAGAUAAUCGACAAAUCGCUGAAAACUCAUUAAAUCCACGACGUACUCAAAAGAUCACAAAGAGUAAAAGUAAAACUUCGAUGUUUGACCCAGACACUACAAAGUAUAUUGAGGAAAUUGUAUUAGGUGGCUAUGUUAUAAAGACAUGGCAUUCUUCACCAUAUCCAGAUGAAUAUAAUCGAGCAGAAAGAUUAUACACCUGUGAGCACUGUAUGAGGUACAUGAAAUCAGGCGGGGUAUAUGGGCGUCAUAUUACUACUUGCCACGUCAGUCCACCUGGUAUUCGCAUCUACGAAGGAAUGAAAGGAGAUCAGAGAAUACGAAUAUAUGAAGUAGAUGGGGCAAAGGGAACAGAACAAAAAUUGUACGGCCAAAUGUUAAGCCUUCUUGGCAAAAACUGGCUCGAAACUAAAAUGAUUUGUUACGACGUCGAAGGCUUUUGUUUUUACGUAUUGGUGGAAGUGGAAGAAGAUAAUGGAAAGGAGAUUGAGCAUACGAUGGGUUUCUUUUCCAAGGAGAAAUUCUCCUAUGGAAAUUAUAAUUUGGCAUGUAUUUGUGUCUUUCCCCAUUUCCAGAAGAAGGGAUACGGGAGGUUGUUGAUCGAGCUGAGUUACGAGCUCUCAAAGCGAGAGCGGAAGGUCGGGUCCCCAGAAGAGCCGGUUAGCCAGAUGGCAAGGCAUGCAUACAUGUCAUACUGGCGAAAGGCUCUUCUGCGGACCUUUUGCCAUGCGAGUGAUAAGCAAAUCUCCACUUUCAACGUCGAUGAGUUGUCGCAGAUGACAGCAAUACAGGUCAACGAUAUUAAUGCUGCAUUGCGAUAUAUGGGAUUGUCAAAGUUAUGUAAGAAGGGAACGAGGAAUACGGUUGUGAUUACAAAGGAUAUGAUUAUGAACUAUGUGACGAAGACAGGGGAGAAGUGGGAGAGACCAGAGUUGAAUGUUAGUUUAUUGGUGUGGGAACCGAGGGAUUGA